AUGGAAAUCGAUGGUGAACAUCAUAGAAUAUUGUUAGGAUUGAUUCAACAAAUACCGGAAUUAAAUGAAGAUUUACAACCAUUUCUACAAACACAAAAAUGGUCUCGAGAUAAACGUCAUUUAUUAAUAAAUUUUCUUGUUCAACAUUUAUUACAUAGUGAUUCUUUAACUUCGAAAUUUUGUCAACAAAUUCAAACAGUAUUUCCUCGUUAUUUUAUUGCAUUUAUUCAUCGUCUUUAUACGGCUGUGAAUUUUUCAACUAAAAUAUCAAAUCAAAUAUCAAUUAAACAAAGAUUUCUUGUUUUACUUGCUCAAAUUCUACAUGAUUAUCCUUCAUUACAUACAAUUACUGAAAAUCAUCUUCUAACAUCGGAUACAUCUUUAAUUGAAUGGAAACAAGAAAGUCCAAAAAAGAAAUCUAAAUUAAAAACAAAUAAUAUUAAUGAAGAUGUUUAUCUACUUAUAGCAACACUUCGUUUAUUAUUAUUAGCAAAUUCAAAAAUAAAUUUAAUUCAUUCAUGGAAAUGGAAUACACUUGUUCAUUUAUUAGAAAAUCAUGAUAAUGAAGAUGUUAAAUGGUUAGCAUUUCUUUGUUUAUCAAUUGUAUUCAAUAUGUCAUCUAAUCAACAAGAUUUAUAUCGACCCAAUAUCUCAAAUACAACUAUUUUCAAAAUUUAUGAUCUGAUUACUCCACAACCUGUUCUUCCACUUACUUCAUCUAAUUAUGAUAAUUUAUUUGUUGAUGAUGAUUUUAAAAAACGAACUAUUUUCAUUAAUGGUAUUCCAUUAUCAAAAUAUAAUAUUAAUAAAAAAUCGAAUGAUACUGAAAUAAUAACAACAACAACAAAUGAAAUAAGACUUACUCAUACAACAACAAUAGAUAAAUGUUUACGUGAAAUAGCUUUGAGUAUAACACUUGGUUGGACAGCAUUAAUAUAUGGUCCAAUAAGUAAUGGGAAAACAUUACUUGUUGAAUAUAUUGCUGAACAAGUUGGAAAACGUUUAAUUAAAAUUCAAUGUUCUGAUCAUAUGGAUAGUAAAGUUCUCUUAGGUACAUAUCAAUGUACAGAUAAACCUGGAGAAUUUCUUUGGACACCUGGUUUAUUAGUUGAAGCAACAUCGGAAGGUCAUUGGUUAUUAAUGGAAGAUAUUGAUGCUGCUAGUUCAGAUGUUUUAUCAACUAUAAAAAGUUUAAUUGAAAUGAAAACUGUUGGAUAUGGAUCAAUUUCACCUGAUUUUCGUCUUUUUCUAACACAACGUGAUACUGGUAACCCAGUACAAUCGAAUGAAUUAAUACAUUUAUUAAAAAGUGUAUUUUGUAUUGUAAUACCAUCCUAUUCUGAUUCCGAAAUAAUUCAAAUAAUGAACAAUCUUCCAAUAUGGAAUAAUGAUUUACAAUUAUUUCAAAUGAAAUUAUUUCACUUAUAUCUAUCAUUACAAAAUACAAAAGGAUCAAUACAUACACGUCUAGUUACUUUACGUGAUUUAUUAAAAUGUUGUCAUCGUUUAUCGAGUUUAUCAAUUGCACUUUCAAUUCAUAGACAAAUUGCAUUUUAUGAUGUAUUAGAUUGUUUUGCAUCAUUUCUAUCAAAAGAAAAUCGUUUACAACAUAUUCAAGCAAUUGGAACAUUAUUUAAUAUGAAUAAUCAAGAAGCAGAAUAUUAUGCAUUGAAAACAAUAGCAGAACUUGAUGAUCGUGAUCAACAAUAUUUUACAGUUGGACAUGUUAAAUUAGAAACACAAAAAAAAAAUCAAUCAACACAACAACAACAAUAUUGUUUUGCAAAAACUCGUAUAGCAAUGUUUAUACUUGAACGUAUUGCACGAUGUGUUCAAAUGAAUGAACCUGUUUUACUUUGUGGUGAAACUGGCUGUGGAAAAACAACAUUAGUUCAAUAUUUAGCACAAAAAACAGGAAAUCGUCUUCAUGUUAUUAAUUUAAGUCAACAGAGUGAUGCAGUUGAUUUACUUGGUGGCUAUAAACCAUUUGAUUCAUUAUUAUUAUUAAGACAAAUCUAUCGAGAAUUUACGAUUGAACAAACAACAAAUGAUUAUAUUGAAGAAAUUCAAAAAUCUAUUCAAUCAAAACGAUAUAAAGAAGCAAUUAAAUUAAUGUUAAAAUAUACAGAUAAAGAUUCGUCAUUACGAACACAACUUAUGAAAUUACGAGAAUCAUUUAAAGCGAAAAAUAAAUCUGCACUUAUUUUUCGAUUUGUUGAAGGUUCACUUGUUCAAGCAUUACGUAAUGGUGAUUGGAUAUUAUUAGAUGAAAUUAAUUUAGCUUCAUCAGAAACUCUUCAAUUACUUAGUGGAAUACUUGAAAGUGAACAAGGAACUAUUUGGCUUGCUGAAAGAGGUGAUAAACAACCAAUUGUUCGUCAUCCAAAUUUCCGUUUAUUUGGUUGUAUGAAUCCUGCUUCCGACGUUGGAAAACGUGAUAUACCAAUUGGUAUUCGAAAUCGAUUUACUGAAUUAUUUGUUGAUGAAUGUGAUGAACGAUCAGAAUUUUUAAUCAUUGUUGAUAAAUACCUCAAUCAAACAACUAUACCAAAAGAAUAUAUUGAUCGAAUUGUAACAUUUUAUAUUGAAAUUCAAUUGAAAGUUAAAAAUUUUCUAAUAACAUCAUCAUCAACAUCAAGCAAUCGAAUAGCAAUUACAUAUAGUUUAAGAACAUUAUGUCGUGCUUUAAGAUAUAUUGCAACAACAAAUUGGUCGGGAAAAUCACAUUCUCGAGCUUUAUUAGAAGGUUUUUGUUUGAGUUUUUUUAGUCAAUUGGAUCGAUCAUAUUAUCACGAUGUUCAAAAAUUAAUUCAUCAAACAAUAUUACAAGGCAAACCAUCUAUUGAAACAAUAUUAAAAACAAGUCAAAUGGUCGUUUCCAAUGAACAUAUUAAAAAAUAUAUUGAAAUAAAAAAUUAUUAUGUCUUAAAAGGUGAUGAAAGUCCACGUCAGAAUGAAAAUUAUAUAUUUACUAAAACAGUUGAUGAAAAUUUAACCAAUAUAAUUCGUGUUCUUUCUGCUAAAUCAUAUCCAAUACUUCUUCAAGGUGAAACAUCUGUUGGUAAAACAUCUUUAAUCCAUUGGUUAGCAUUAGCAACAGGAAAUAAAUGUCUGAGAAUAAAUAAUCAUGAACAUACAGAUUUAUCGGAAUAUCUUGGUACAUAUACAUGUUCAUCAACAACAGGACAAUUAAUAUUUCAAGAUGGUCCAUUAAUAAAAGCUAUGCGUUAUGGUUGGUGGAUUAUACUUGAUGAAUUAAAUUUAGCAUCAAGUGAUAUAUUAGAAGCAUUAAAUCGUUUAUUAGAUGAUAAUAGACAAUUAUAUUUAAGUGAAACAAAUGAAUUAAUAAAUGCACAUGAACGUUUUCAAUUAUUUGCUACACAAAAUCCAGCUGGAGAACAAUAUGCUGGACGUAAACGUUUAUCACGUGCAUUUCGUAAUCGUUUUAUUGAAUUACAUUUUGAUAAUUUACCGCAAGAUGAAUUGGAAAUAAUUAUUGAAAAAAAAUGUCAAUUACCAAAAUCCUAUUCAAAAUUAUUAAUCCAAACAAUGAUUGAUUUACAAAAAUAUCGUUCACAAAAAGGUAUUUUUGCUGGUAAAACAAGUUUAAUAACAUUACGAGAUUUAUUUCGUUGGGCACAACGUUAUACCAAAUAUCAAAAUAAUUGUCAAAAUUAUAAACAAUUUUUAGCUGAACAUGGUUAUUUAUUAUUAGCUGGAAGAUCAAGAAAUUUUGAAGAUAGAAAUUUUAUUAAACAAAUUAUUGAAAAAUAUUUCUGUGAAAAAAAAAUGAUUAUUGAUGAAAAUGUUUUAUUUGGUGAACAAGGUAGUUCAUAUUCAACUGAACAAAUUUGGGCUCAAAUUAAAAAUAAUAAUCAAUUAAAACAUAUUGUUUGGACACAACCAUUAAGACGAUUAGCAAUACUUUGUGCAUUAUGUAUUGAAUUUGAUGAACCUGCUUUAUUAGUUGGAGAAACUGGAUGUGGAAAAACUACAAUAUGUGAGAUAUUAGCACAAAUAAAUAAACAAAAAUUAUUUACUAUUAAUUGUCAUACAACAACUGAAAGUGCUGAUUUUCUUGGUAGUAUUCGACCUGUUCGUCGAAAUGAACAAAAUUCUAAUUCGGAGAAUAAUAAUCCAGGUUUAUUUGAAUGGCAAGAUGGUGCUUUAGUAUGUUCAAUGAAACAAGGUGCUCUUUUUCUUAUUGAUGAAAUCUCAUUAGCUGAUGAUAGUGUUCUUGAACGAUUAAAUAGUGUUUUAGAACCGGAAAAAGAAUUAGUUUUAGCUGAAAAAGGUUAUAAUAAUGAAGAUCAACAUAUUGAUAUAAUAAAAGCUCAUGAAAAAUUUCGUUUAAUUGCAACAAUGAAUCCUGGUGGAGAUUUUGGAAAAAAAGAGCUUUCACCAGCAUUACGCAAUCGUUUUACUGAAAUAUGGUGUACACCCAGUGAAUCUAUUGAUGAUUUAUAUUCAAUUAUUGUGCAUAAUCUAACAAUAAAGAAUGAAGAUCAACGAAAAGAAUGCGCCACGCUGAUGUGUAAUUUCAUUCAAUAUCUUCGAACAAUAGCAACAACAAAACGUAUAUUAACAACUGUUCGAGAUAUACUUAGUUGGAUAUCAUUUAUAAAUUUAAACACAAAUAAUUGGCAAUAUUCCUAUGAACAUGGUGCUUAUUUAGUUUUUAUUGAUGCAUUAGAUUCACAAUCAUCAUUAAAGCAAUCAAUUAUUGAAUUUGUAACAAAUCAACAAACACAAAUAUCGAAAUUAACACUAACAAUAGAAAUGAAUUCAAAUAAUUUAACAUUUGGUUCAUAUUCAAUUCCACGUGGAACAAUUAAUUCUAAUGAUAAAGAUGAAUAUAGUUUUAAAGCACCAACAACAUUAUCGAAUAUUCAACGACUAUUACGUGCAAUGCAAUUAACAAAUAAACCUAUUUUAAUUGAAGGUAAUCCUGGUGUUGGAAAAACAAGUUUAGUUAUGGCAUUAGCAAAAUUAGCUGGUUAUUCUUUUAUAAGAAUUAACUUAUCUGAACAAACAGAUAUAAGUGAUUUAUUUGGUUCAGAUUUACCAGAUGUUGAAAGUGGACAAGCUGGAAAAUUUAAAUGGCAUGAUGGACCUUUAUUAACAGCAAUUAAAACGAAUCAAUGGAUUAUUCUUGAUGAACUCAAUUUAGCUAAUCAAUCGGUAUUAGAAGGAUUAAAUGCAUGUUUAGAUCAUCGUGGUGAAAUUUAUAUUCCUGAAUUAAAUCGAACAUUUCAUAUUCAUGAUAAACAAACAUCUGUUCCAUUACGUAUAUUUGCUUGUCAAAAUCCAUAUGGACAAGUUAGUGGACGAAAAGGUUUACCAAAAUCAUUUUUAAAUCGUUUUACAAUUAUUUAUUUUUCAAUACUUGAAAGAAUUGAUUUAAAAAUCAUUUGUCAACAAUUAUAUGAACAAAUUUCGGAUGAUAUUAUUGAUAAAAUGUUAAAUUUUAAUGAAAAAAUUCAACAAGAAUUUAAUAUUAACCAAUGGGAUUUUAAUUUACGUGAUUUAUUAAAAUGGUGUCAAAUGUUUAAUGAAAAUAAUCUAAAUAAAUAUAAAGCAUUAAAUUUAAUUUAUAUUAAACGUAUGCGUACACAAAAAGAUCAAGAUCAUAUUAAACAAAUAUAUGAACAAACAACGGGAUGGAAUAUUCAACCAAUUGAAGUUGAUUUUCAAAUAAAUUCAAAAAUAUUACAGAUUGGUACAACUGUAUGGCCGCGUGAAUCUAUACGUCUUCCAACAUUAUCUUUAACUCAUCCAUUAUUAUUAAUGCGUCAUCAAUUAGAUAAUCUUUCAUCGAUAUUAGAAUGUUUAUCAUUAUCAUGGCCAAUACUUUUAGUUGGUCCAUCAUCACGUUCAUCCAAAUCAACUUUAAUACAUUUAUUAUCAUGUUUAUGUGGUCAUCAAUGUCAUACAUUUGAAUUAAAUUCUUCUAUUGAUACAAAUGAAUUAUUAGGAAAUUAUGAACAAUUUAAUUUUCAACAAUAUGCAAAAUAUCAUUUAGAUUUAUUAAAACAAGAAUAUUAUAAAAAAAAUCAAACAAAUCUAUUAAAUGAAAUCAAUUAUGAAAAUAAACAAAUAACAAUUGAAUAUUUAAAUGAAUUAAAACAAUAUUUACCAUCCAAUGAAAUUGAUAAAUUAAUAUCAAAAUAUUCACAAGAACAACAUUUUGUUUGGAUUGAAUCAAUCUUAAUACGUUCAAUGAGACAAGGAGAUUGGUUAAUACUUGAAAAUGUUAAUACAUGUUCAUUAAGUGUUUUAGAUCGUUUAAAUUCAUUAUUAGAACCGAAUGGACAAUUAAUCUUAAAUGAAGGUGGUGGACAAGGUUCAGUUAUAAAACCACAUAAAGAUUUUCGACUUAUUUUAACUAUGGAUCCAAAACAAGGAAAUGGAGAAAUUUCAAGACCAAUGAGAAAUCGUUGUUGUGAAAUUUAUAUUGAUGGUCAACAAGAAUAUAAUCAUUAUGAUUCUAAAGAAUUAUUACAAGCUUGUCAAAUUUAUCAAGAAAAACAACAAGAAGAUUUUAUUCAAAUUCAUAAUAUACUUUGUCAAAAAGUAUCAACAUUUGCAUUUCAUAAUUUAAUUCGUGCAUGUUUAUUAUUCAAUGAAUUAUCUCAUACAACAAAUGAACCAUUUCGUUUAUCAAUAAAAACAGCAUAUCGAACAUUAAAUACUCGUUUAAAUAAUGAAAUUGAUUUAUUAAUUGAUGAAUUUCAACCCAAUUCAAUAUCUUCAAAUUUUCUUAUAUUUCCAACACGAAUAAAUGAUUUAUGUUUACAACCUGAAUUAACACUUUCAUAUAAACGAAAUCUUCCACUUUGGUCUUGUUCAUCUAAAGAUAAUUCAAGAAUAUUUCAUUUAUUAUUCUAUCGUUUUAUUGAAAAACUAUCAACGAUAUCAAUUGAAUAUGAUUUAUUUAUUUCCAAACAUCCACAACAAAUAAAUUUAAUAAAUUUAUCCAAAGAAAUUAAUAAUAUAAAUAAUAAUGUAUUAUUAAGAAUAUUAGUUGAACAUGAUUCUCUUACAAAACAAUAUAGAAAAAGUGUCAAAACAAAAUAUAUUGAUGAACAAUUAUUUUUUGAAAAUACAGAUGGACAAUUUUGGUUAGCUAUGAAAGAUUAUUUUCUCAGAGCUUUAUCUUCAUCUGAUUUAAUUAAUGAUAAUGACUUAUCAUUUUCAUAUUAUCGUUCAUGGCGUUGGUUUCUAUCAAUAAUUGAAUCACCAUCAACAAAUUUAAUAAAUCGUCGUCUUCAUUUGAUUAUUGCAUGGCCAUAUAUACGUUUACUUUUCUUAAUUCAUAUAGAAGAUUCUUUAUUUGUUGAACAAAUCAAACAAAUUGAUGAACAAUAUAUGUUAAUACAAAAUGAAUUUUUUCUUUUUUAUAAUCAUUAUCAAACUCAAAUACAUUAUUUGAUAAAAACAAAAUCGGAAUAUGAUUAUUUAUGUCGACAAAAACAAGUUUUUAAUCAAAUUGAUUUAUUUUUGGAUAAUAAAACCGAGAAAAAUAUAGAAAAAUAUUUACAAUAUUGGUUUCAUUAUGAAAAACAAUCAAUUUCAUAUUUUCAACAAUUAAAACAAACUGAGAAUUUUGACUUAAAUAUUUUCAAUGAAAUUGAAACAAGUUGGAAUGAAUUAAAAUAUUCUACAACAAUAUUUGAUCGUGAUAUAUUAUUUUAUAAUACAUUUGAAUCGAUACUUUAUUAUAAUUAUCAAUGGAUAGAUUCAUACAUUCAUCCAAAUACUUGUUCAUAUCCAUUUAUAUCAUUAACAAUUCCAUUUUAUAAUAUUGAAAAUCCUGAUGAAUAUUUUUGUCAAUUAAUAUCCUAUUCAAUAAAUCCAUUAAUCAAUGAAAUUUAUAUUGAAAAAUGGCUUGAACAAACAUCAUCAACCUCAUUAUUAUAUUAUUUUAAUAUUCGUUCAACAAAUGUCCCAUUUGGUUUAUAUGAAAAAAUUCAUAAACAAAAUCAUUUUUGGUCAAAAUUUCUUUGGUUAAAUGGUUCAUUUCUUCAAUGUAAUCGAUCAAAACUUGAAGAAUUUGUUCGAAAUUGUUUAGAAGAUACUGAUUCUUCAAUUAAUUCUCAAAAUCUUUCAUUAGAAUUAAUUGAACAAAGUUUAAAUAAAAUUCAAUUAAUUCAACCACGUGGUGAAAUUGAUCCAUUUAUCUAUGAACAAAUAAUAAAUGAUUAUAAAAUCAAAUUUCAAUCGGAAAUAUCAUCGGAAUAUAAUUUACGUAUUGAAUAUCAACAACAAUAUGAAUAUUCAUUAAAUCUUACAAUUCAUCAAUGGGAAAAUCAAAUGAAAUUAAUUUUAAAUGAAAUACAAAUCGAACAAAAUGAUUUCUAUCGUUUUAAUAAUGAUCAAUAUCAAACAUUAAUUAUUUAUUUAACAAAACAAUUAAUUAAUGAAUUAUUAAAUAAAGAUUUUCUUAUUGAACAAAUUUAUCAGAAAAAAGAUAAGAAAAUUUAUCGACAAUGGAGAAAAAAUAUUGUGGAAUUUUAUCGAAAUAUAAUUUUAGCAGAAAAAUUUUAUAUUUAUAGAGAUAUUACAAUGCCUGUAAUGAAACAAAUCUUUCAAAUUAUUUUAGCAUUUGAUUAUCAUUUUCAAUUAAAUAAUGAAACAAAUAAAAAGAUUUUUCAUCUAUGUAUUUUUCCAUUUGAAUUAAAUCAUUUCAAUUUAUAUGAUAUUGCAUUUGAUUUAUUUGAAAAAAGAACAUUUGUUCAACAACAAAUGACAACAGAACGUUUUACACAGUUUUUUGUAUUAAUUGCUGAAUAUCUUGUUGUUUCUUGUCAUAUAAAUCAUAAUCGAUCGACAAAUUUUAAUAAUUUAUUACAAUCAUAUGUUGAAACAGUUCAUUAUUUAUGGUCUGAAGAACAACGACAAAUCGAUGAAGAAAAACGUAUAUCAUCAAGUAUCUAUCGUCAUGAAAUAAGUGAACUUGAAAGUGAACAAGAUGAUUAUGAAUAUAAACGUUUAUUUCCAUCAUUUGACUCUGAAUUUCAAGAUUUUUUCCCGAUGAAUCAAAAUGUUGACAAUGAAGAUAUUAAACCAGAUGAAGAAAAAACACAAAAAUCUUCAAUUCUUCCAUAUUUUCUUCUCUAUGAAUAUUUUUCAUUAAUUCUUCAUAAUGAAAAAAAUUCUUUAAAUAAUUUUCUUCAACCAUUUUUCAAUAGUAUUUAUGAAUUUGGUGAAGAUAAUCGUUUAAUAACUCAUAUGAUUCGUUUAUCAAUUGAAUCCAAAGAGAAUUUCUCCAGUUAUAUUUUAAAUCUUAAUAAACCAUUUGAUAUUUAUCAAGAUUCCAAACCAUCAAUGAUAAUUGAAUGUUAUCCAUUAUUAUCUACAAUUGAACAACGUACAACAAAUCUUUUAAUAACACAUGAAAAUCAUCCAACAUUAAAUGAAAUUCUUCUUGUUAUUAAACGUAUAAAAUCAUUUUCAAUAAAAAAUUCUUUAAUUAAAUUUCUCUAUGGUUUUGAUAUACUUUUUGAUAAAUUAAAUUAUUGGCAACAUACAUAUGCAUCAAAAACUCUACAAACCACAUUUGAUGAACAAAUGGAACAAUUAACAGUAAUAAUAAUUAAAUUUCGUAAAUAUGAAUUUAAUUGUUAUGAACAAUCAUUAUCAAUGAUUGAUUAUAAUCAACGUAAAACAACAAUUGAAAAUUGGUGGUUACAUUUAUUUGGUAUAAUGAAUUCGAAAAAUGAUUUAGUUUUAUUUGAAAAAAUUUUACAUGAAUUUAUUCAUAAAGCUACUCUUGGUGAUUUUCAAAUACGUUUAGAAAUUUUUCAAUUAUUUUCCAAAUAUUUUCAUAAUGAAAAUAUUUUAAUAUUAAAUUCAAUAUUAAAAUAUUAUCAACAAUUUUCUGACUAUAUUGAAAAUGAAAAACAAAUAUUAAGAAAACCAAUUGAAAAUGAUAUUAAAAAAUUUUUAAAAAUUCAACAAUGGAAAGAUACAAAUUAUUAUGCACUUAAACAAUCGAUUGAUAAAUCACAUAAAUAUUUAUUUAAAUCAAUUAAAAAAUAUAAACAAUUACUUAAUCAACCUAUUGAAAAAUAUUUUUCAACAUAUCAAAUUAAAUUUCAAGAUGAUAAUCAAGAUUUUUUCCGUUUAAUACAAAUAAAAUAUAAUAAAAAAUUCUUUAAUUUAAAUUCAACUACAUUAUUCAAUUCAAUUAAAAGUGAUACCAAUUCUCUUAAACAAUUGUCAACAACAAUUAGUUCAAUGAAUAUUAAAACAAAUGAUCGAAAAGAACUUAAACAAUUAUAUACAGAAAAACGUCAAUUAUUAACACAAUUAUUUAAAAAAUUAACAUCAAUAGGUUUAGCAUUUCGUAAAGGUUUAGUAUAUUUAAAUAAACAAACAUUAAAUACAAUUGAAUCAGUUGAAUUAAAAUAUUUUGAAAUUAAUCUAAAACAUAAUUAUGGAAUCAUUGAAACAAAGAAAAAGAAAAAAUUAAUUAUUGAAAAUCGUUUAGAUAUAUUAGAAAAAUUUUCUGGAAUUUUUCUACAAACAGAUAAAAAUUAUUAUAAAAUUCUUUAUCAACAUCAUCAAUUGAAAAUUCAUUCACAAAAAAAUUCUAUUGAUCCAGUUAUAUAUCAACGUAUACAAGGUUUUACAGAACAUUUAAUUAAAUUAAUUUAUCAACAAAAAAUUCUUUUAAAUUCAUUUUUAAAACAAUAUCAAGAAUUUUCAAAACAAUUUAUUAUUUAUUCAAAACAAAAUUUUCAAUAUCAAUUCAAAGAUUUAAAUCAUGUUGAUCAAUUAUAUCAUUUAACUAGUUCAUUAAUUGAAAGAAGUUAUUCAUUUUUAUUAAUUAUUCGUUCAAUACCAUCAAAUUCAGCGGAAAAUAUUCCAAUUAUUGAUAGUUUACCGAAUUAUAUACAAUUAUUAAAUACAAAUGAUUUUAAAGAUUUAUUAGAAAAAUUUUUAGAAAGAUUAUAUUUAUUAAUCGAAAAAUUAAAUCAAUUUUAUGAUAAUGUUAUUGAUUAUCAUCCAUUAUUAAAAGAUAUUAACAAUUUACAUCAAGAAAUUUGUUUAACCAAACAACAAAUACAAAAUGUUAUGGAAAAAUUAUUUGUCGAUGAAAAGAACUUUCCAAAUGAUAUGUUUAUUGGACAAUUAGUUAAGAAUUUUAUUGAAAUUUAUGAACUAUUUUCACAAAUUAAUAUUCUUAAACAAGAAAAAGAUUCAAUUCCAUCUGUCAAUUCAAAACCAAUACGUCGUUAUACAAAACGUUUAAUAACCACAUUGAGUGAUAUAUCUUCAAUAACUCCACCAACUGAUUCAACAUCUUCCAUGUGGCUUGUUCAUAUUUAUAAUUCUUUUAAUAAUUAUAUAACUCAAUUUGAUCUUCCAAAUUUAACAAAAUUAAUUCCUAAAUCAAUAACAUCAAAAUCAAUAACAUUCUUUCAUCAAAUACAUUUAUUAGUUGAACAAUUAUUAUAUCGUUUUAUAUAUUAUCAUUAUUCGACAUCACAAAUCUAUUUAUCAUUAAGUAAUACAUUUAUAAGUUUAUUACGUGAUGGUUUUCAAAUGCCACCAGAAGAAAGUGAAGAUGAUAAAAAUGGUGAAGAACAAAAAACUGAAGGUGGUGUAUCUGGUAUGGGUGAUGGACAAGUAGGAAAAGAUGCGAAAGAUGUUUCAGAUCAAAUUGAAACUGAAGAUCAAUUAGAUGAAGCGAAAAUGCCUGGACAAGAAAAAGAAGAUAAUGAUGAAAAAACGGAUGAUCAACAAAAUGUUGAUGAAGAAAAAAAUGGUAUUGAAGUUUCAUUUGAUUUUGAAGCGCCAGCAGAUGAUCCAUCAAAAGGAGAAAAUGAAGACGAAGAAAAUGAUGAUGAUGAAGAUAAUGAAAGUGAAACAAAUGAUGAUAAUAUUGAAGAUCAAAUGGGUGAUGUUGAUGAAGAUGAUCAAGGUGAAAUAUUUGAUGAGAAAAAAUGGGGUGAUGAAGAUAAACAAGAUGAAGAAGACGAAGAAGACGAAGAUAAAAAAAAACCAAAUGAAACUGAUAAAGCUACUGGCAAAGAUAAAGAAAAACGUGAGGGUCUUUCAGCUAAAGAUGAUCAAUUAGAUUUAGCUGAUGAAGAUAUUGAAGAUAAUCCUGAUGCAAAUACAAAUUAUGAUGAUCAACAAGUUGAAACAUCAAAUAAUGAUUUAAAUGCUGAAGAACCACCAUUAGAACUUCCAGACAAUAUGGAUUUAGAUGGUGGUGAUGAAAAAGAAGAACCAAAUGAAGAUAAUCCAGAUGAGAUAAAUCCUCAAGAAGAUGAAAAUAUUGAAUUACCAAAUGAUGAAAAUAUGGAUAAUGAAGAGCAAAUCGAAGAAGAAGAAGAAGGAAAAGAAGAUGAAAAUGAUAAAAUAAACUCAAGUAAAAAUCCAAUACCUGAUGAUAUUCCUGAUCAAGAACAAGAACAACUUGAACAAUCAUCUUUAACACAAGAUAAAACAUCAAAUAUUGAUUCAGCCAAUCAACCAAAUCAACUUGAAAAAACUUUUGCAAAUGCCGAAACAUUUGAAGAAGAACAAAAAAAACAAGAGAAUAUUGGUGAAUCAUCAUCAUCAACAAAAACAUCGCAAACACAACAAAUAUCAUCAAAUGAACAAAAUCAAUUAACACAACAAUUAGAUAAGAAUUUACAAACAGAAAAUAAUAAUAAAACAUCAAAUCAAUCCAAUGAACAACGAACAUUAAGUGAAAUAGCUUCAUUAAUUGAUAAAAAUUUAAAAGCAGCACUUGAUAUUGAACAACUUGAUGAAGAUGAAAAUAAGAUUGAUGAUAUACCACAAUUAGAACAAGAUGAUCAACAAACACAAAUUUAUGCACAUGCUAAAAAUAUUCCAAAAGAUCUUCAACAACAAAAACAAAUUCUGGAUUCAGCAACUGAUCAACAAGCGAAAAAUUUUAAUGAACAAGAGAAUGUUGAAACAGCAGAACCUGAACCAAUGAUUAUUGAUAAUCAAGAAGAAGAAAAAGAAGAAGAACAAUCAAAACCAUUAUCUUCAACAUUACAAAAAGAACCAAUAAAUAAAAAUAAAUCAUCUUCCAUACAUGAUCAACCAUCAUCAUCAGCAUUAACUGAAGAACAAAAUGAAAUGAUAACAAUUGAUAAACCUUAUAUUCCAACAACAACAGUUGAACAUCAAUUUGAUUAUACAGCACAUGUUAAACCAAUAACAAAUGAUUUAACUGAACAAAUUGAAUAUCAAUUAGAAGAAUGGUAUACACAUUCAAAUGAAAAUCUUCAAGAUGAAGGUAAUAAUGCUGAACAACUUUGGACACAAUUAGAAUAUUUAACACAACCAUAUGUUUUUGAAUUAUGUGAACAACUUCGUCUUUUACUUGAACCAACACAACGAACGAAAUAUUCAGGAGAUUAUCGAACUGGAAAACGUUUAAAUAUGAAACGUAUUAUUUCAUAUAUAGCAUCGGAUUUUCGUAAAGAUAGAAUUUGGUUACGACGUUUAAAACCAUCGAAAAGACAAUAUCAAUUAAUAUUAGCUAUUGAUGACAGUCAAUCGAUGGAUAAUUUACAAGUUAAACGUUUAGCUUUAGAAUCUUUAAUUUUACUUGGACAAACAUUAAAUUUAUUAGAUAUUGGACAAUUUGGUAUUGUUUCAUUUGGACAAUAUAUUAAAACGUUACAACCAUUAAAUCAAACAUUUAAUCAUGAAAAUGGUAUUCAUGUACUUAAACAAUUAAAAUUUGAUCAAACUAAAACACUUUUAGCAGAUCUUAUGGAAUCAGUUACACAUACAUUCAGUAAAGAAAAAAUUCAGACAUCAAAUCCAUUAUCUCAAUUAUUAAUAAUUUUAUCUGAUGGUCGUGGUUUAACUGUAUCGGGUAAAGAUCGUUUAUUAAAAAGUGUUCGUCAUGCUAUGUCACAAAAUAUAUUCAUUGUUUUUGUUAUUCUUGAUAAUAUUAAUCAUGAAAAAUCUACAUCAAUCUUUCAAAUAAAUGAAGCUAUAUUCAAUGGUGAUAAGGUGGAAUUUCGUUCAUAUUUGGAUAGUUUUCCAUUUCCUUAUUAUUUAGUAAUACAAAAUUUGGAAAUGUUACCCCGUGCUUUAAUUGAUGUAUUAAGACAAUUUCUUGAAUUGACUACUACUAAUAACAACAGCAAUCAGUGA